UCUCUCCUCUCUCCCCCCCCCGUUUUUUUGCUCUCUCUCUCUCUCUCGUCGAGUUAGGGUUUGCAGAUCUCUUUCUAGCUCAGAUCCUCCGUCUCUGCUCCUCGGAUUGGGAUUGCCCCUCUGUUUAUGUAGGUGAUACGCAGACUGAAUGCUAGAGUCAGACCACAAAAGUACUUUUGUGUGAUCUAGACUACAUUUUUGUAUCUACUUCACCUUUUAAAACUGCAGCCUUUGCUGAAGGUGGGCUACUCUUUUUUCCAUAUGGUUCUCUAGCUACUGAUCUCUCUGAUUAGUCUGGAGAGGAGGGCAUCAGCUGCUACAGAUCGUGCUAUAUCCGUGCUGGAAGAGAGCAUGCGUGGAUCCUGUGUUUCGGGUGAUGCCCCUUGCAAAAUUAGCUUCCGAUGCAUUCGGCGUGGUGACGAUAUGCCUAGUCGCUCUUCUCAUACUUCUGGGUUUCCUCUGCAUUGCGUACUCCCUCUAUUUUCAAUCUCAUGUCCAUAAGCGAGACUUCCUUCGGCUUGGUUACUUCAGCGGUCCUUGGAUUAUUCGUAUCACAUUCAUAUUGUUUGCAAUCUGGUGGGCCAUUGGUGAGAUUUUUCGGUUAAGUUUGUUGAGACUCGACGGGAGACCAUUGAACUCGUUGGAUCUGCAAUGGCAGGAAAACAUCUGCAAGUUUUACGUUGUCUCCAAUCUAGGGUUUUCAGAACCCUGCAUGUUUCUCACCCUCAUGUUUCUUCUCCGUGCUCCAUUGAAGAUGGAAACCGGGACCUUGAGCGGGAAAUGGAAUGCCAAAACAGUUGGAUAUGUGAUUCUUUGUUGCCUCCCAAUAUUUGCUCUUCAACUCGUGGUUAUCAUCUCCGGAUCAUGGAUACGCAGAGGUAGUAGCAGUGGAUCUUUGAGGAAGCUGCCACACUAUUUCACAAGAACAUAUUCCCGUGUUGUUACAGAUGAAGACAGGAUAACCCUUUGCACAUAUCCUCUCCUGGGUACCAUCCUUCUCGGUGUCUUUGCCACCAUCCUAACGGCUUACUUAUUUUGGCUCGGGAGGCAGAUACUGAAACUGGUCAUCAAUAGGUGUUUACAGAGGAGGGUAUACACAUUAAUAAUAUCGGUAUCGAGUUUCCUCCCAUUGAGGAUUGUUCUGCUCGGUCUGUCCGUUCUAACGAAACCUGGAGACAUCUUAUCGGAAGCCCUCGUUUUCUUGGCUUUCCUCUCCCUCUUAUCAUUUGCCGUUGUAUCCAUUUUCUUGCUCGUCUAUUUCCCGGUUUCAGACUCCAUGGCACUGAGGGGUUUUCGGGAUUUGGAGGAGCCGAGGGCGAGCCUCGAGGACCGAAGCGGGGCCCCAUUGCUCCCCCUGCACGAGGAGGAGAGUAUCAGAACAAGAGAAUCGCCGAGGGGGCAGAGGUAUGUGGAGCUAGGUCAGUUUCUUGAGACAGAGUAAUAAAUGAUAUAAUUGAUCCAUUGGCCGUCUUGGUUCUUAGUAUGGGGAUGGCAAGAUGUACAGAGAGAUUCCGGGUGAAAUCAAAAGGCAGAUGUGUUUUUAAAGAACAAAAAAAGAAAGAAAGAAAGGGCUCACUCAAGUUUUGUGUUAAGGAAAAUGAGAUUUGUAAAGGUGGGGUUUUUUACCCUUCCGGAUAUAUUGUGUGAAAUGUUCUUGCUUUGGUGGAUCAUCCUCAAAAUUGUCUGCUUUUUUUUUUGUAACUUUUUUUUCUUUGAUCAAUUUUGUUUUGGGAAAACUUAUUUUCUCUCUU